GCUAUCGUAAAUCAGAUGUGCGAGUACAUCGAGGUGUUAUUUUUUAUUUGUUCUCAUUUGAAAAUUGAUAGUUACGGGGUUGCUAAAAAUCAGUAUCGACGGUAGAUUUGUUGACAGAACAUCCGAAUACGUGUGAAAACCAAGUUUAUAGCUAAUCUUGACGCUUCGCUUCUUUCGGUACCUGACUGUGUUGCUACAAAAGUUGCGCGAGUGCGUCAUUUUUCAAUUUCGAAUUAGUUUUGGGUUUAGAACGAGCUCUAAGUGGUGAGAGAAAAAGAAAACGAGCAACAGUACCGGAAAAAGUAGAGGAGCAAAAAAUAAUUUGACAAAAUGGUUUGCGAUAACAACAGCCCCAGUAUUGGCAGCGGUCCGAAAACUAUACUGCAAGAUGAAGUAGUGAUUUCUGGAAUAUCGGGACGUUUUCCCGAAUGCGAUACCAUCGAAGAAUUUCAACAAAAACUGUUCAGCGGCAUCGAUCUUGUAAAAGAUAAUAAUUCAAGAUGGCCGAAAGACUAUCUCGAAACGUACUCCAGUAUGGGCUUCAUGAAAGAUUUACGUAAUUUUGACGCUCCUUUUUUCGGAGCUCAUCCGAAAUUAGCUGAAAGAACUGAUCCAAUUGUGAGAACGUUAUUGGAGACUUCGUUCGAAGCGGUUUUAGAUGCAGGACAAUGUCCCACUGCCUUACGAGGUUCGGAAACUGGUGUCGUCGUAGUGGUAUCCUCGAACGAAGCGGCAGAUUGGUGGUCUGCAGAUCCAGAUCGCGUUAAUGGAUACGAAUUUCUUGGUUGCACUCGAACCAUGUACUCGAACAGAAUAUCGUUUUCCAUGGAUUUAAGAGGACCAAGUUACACGAUGGAUUCGCAGUCGUCGAGCGGCCUUUUGGGGAUCCAGCAAGCCUACCAUAUGUUAAAAUGCGGCAUGGUAGACGGGGUGAUCGUGGCUGGCGUCAAUUUAGUGUUGAAUCCUCAUUUCAACGUCAUGUUCAAAAAGCUAAACAUGCUUUCGCCGUCCGGAAAGUGCAAAACGUUCGACGCUGAUGCGGACGGAUACGCUAGAAGCGAAGCGGCGGUAGCGGUGUAUUUGCAAAGAGCUAGCGACGCCCACAGAGUAUACGGUUAUGUGGCGGCUGUGGACGCAAAUUGUGACGGAUACAAAGAAGACGGAUGCGAUGCCAUCAGCAGGUCUUCGCAAAUUGAACUAUACCAACACGCGUAUCAAAGUUUCAAUUUGGAUCCGCAACAAGUGUCUUUUGUAGAAGCUCAUGGCUAUUCCACCGUGCACGGUGAUAAAGAAGAACUGAACGGAAUCGCAAGCGUGUUUUGCCCAAAUGACGCUGACGAAAGACAACAAUUACAGCAGCGACGACGAGAACCGCUGCUGGUAGGAUCAGUGAAAUCGAAUGUCGGAUGCAGUGAACCAGUUGGUGGACUGGUAUCCGUCAUCAAAACACUGCUAGCCAUGGAGAAUGGAAUUUUGCCACCCAAUUUGCAUUUCAAAACUCCCAAUCCGAAAGUACCUGCUUUGAAAGAUGGUCGUUUAAGGAUCGUGGAUAAACUAACUGUAUGGAAUGGCGAGUAUGCAGCCAUCAAUUCGUUCGGUAUUGGCGGCACCAAUGCUCAUCUCGUUCUCAAACGUAACCUUAAAGAGAAAACUUUGGAUGGUGACAAAAUAACGCUGCCCAGAAUUGUAGCAGUGUCCGGCAGAACCGAACAAACAGUUCGAGAUUUACUCGACCAAAUCGAGAAUGUACAUUCGGACAACGAGUUAUGCGCUUUAAUCAACAACAUAUUUAGUCAACACAUUCAACACUACAACUACAGAGCAUUUUCCGUUUUUGGCCGUGAAACCAUCACCGAAGUUUCGACAUACAUCGCUGGACAGGAAGAAAAACGCCCGAUUUGUUUCAUUUUCUCCGGAAUGGGUAGUCAGUGGGCUGGAAUGUGCCGAGAUCUGCUGCAAACUCCCGUCUUUCGUCAAACCAUCGACGAAUGCAGCCGAGUAUUGGAAAAAGUGCAGUUCGACUUGUACGCAGUGCUUUCUUCCAACGACAGCAAUGUUUAUUCCAACGUAUUGAAUUCAUUCGUCGGAAUCACUUGUACUCAGAUCGCAUUAGUGAAUAUCUUGCGACUACUGAACAUCGAGCCGGACUUGAUGAUCGGCCAUUCUAUCGGAGAACUGGCUUGCGCUUACGCCGACGAUACGUUGAGCUUAGAACAAACCGUACUUGCCACGUACUGGAGAGGUAAAAGUUUAUUGAUGAGUAAUAUCGCGCCUGGAGCCAUGGCCGCAAUUGGUUUGUCGUACGAUGAUAUACGCAGCCAAUUACCAGGCGACAUAAGCGUAGCUUGCCACAAUAGCGCCGAUAACGUUACCAUAUCCGGUCCAUUGGUUUCGAUCAACUCGUUUGUUGAAAAAUUGCAAAGUCAAGGAAUUUUCGCUCGCCAGGUCAACAGCUCAGGAUACGCGUUUCACUCGCAAUAUAUUGCCGAAGCGGCCGCUAUUUUCAAACCUCAACUGGAAAAGAUCAUCACGAAUGCGAAACCACGAAGUAAACGAUGGAUCAGCACCUCGAUUCCGGAUUCUAUGUGGAAUACACCUUCGGCGCAAUAUUCUUCCGUUGAAUAUCAUCUGAAUAAUUUACUGUCGCCAGUUUAUUUCAACAAAGCUUUAACAUAUGUACCUGAUAAUGCGGUCGUCAUCGAAGUAGCACCGCAUGCCUUAUUGCAGUCUAUAUUGAAGGGUAGUUUGAAUUCAAAAUGCAGUCAUAUAGGAUUGCUGAGACGUAAUCAGUCUACUAUAACUGAUUUAUUAACCAACAUCGGAAGAUUAUAUAACGCCGGAUUGCAGCCAAAAUUUAGCAACUUGUACCCAUCGAUAAGCUUUCCAGUAUCGAGAAAAACUCCCAUGAUACAAUCGAUGAUCAAGUGGGAUCAUUCGACCAAAUGGUUCUUGGUUUCAUUUUUAACCAAGCCAGCGUGUGGUCACGGAGAAGUAGAAGUAGACGUAGAUGUAGGCAAAGCUGAGUAUAAAUAUUUGACGAAAUGUGUAUACGACGACUGUGCCACUUUUCCAGUUGCAGCUUAUCUGUGUUUAAUUUGGGAAGCUGUUGCCAAAAUGAAAUACAGUCGCGUAUAUGACGUGCCCUUGGUUAUAGAGAAUUUCCAACUGAUAGCCAAGCGCACCUUAUCCAAAAAGGAACCUUUAAAAUUCGUUGUUAAUCUGCUGGAGCAGAGUGGCAGUUGCGAAAUCAGAGAAAAUGGACAAGUGGUUGCGCGUGCUAUUGUUAAGAGCCCUAAUAACAUCGAUGAGGAAUUCGUUAGUGCGCAACUUGCAUCGACAACAUCGUCAUCAUCGUCGAUACGCAGCGACAACUCAUAUUUGCCUUUAAAAUCUAGCGACAUUUAUCAAGAUCUUCAUGCCAAGGGAUAUUCGUAUUCGAAGGAAUUCAAACAAUUAUUAUACGUAGACAAUAAUGGCGAAAAUGGUAAAAUCGCAUGGUCAAACAAUUGGAUCACAUUUGUGGAAGCGAUGCUACAAUUGCACCUGCUCGGCAUCGACAAACAGCAGCAUUACGCCAUUGACCACAUACAACGAAUCGUUUUAGAUGCUAAAAAACACGAACAAGAAAUGCAACAGAAUGGCAACGUUAGCAAUAAAUCAGCAGGUGUAGGGGUUAAAUUUUCGCCCUCGGCUAAUAUAAUCGUAUCCGGUGGUAUCGAGAUUAGCGGAGUUAAAUCUACGCUCGUGUCCGUCAGAUCAAACAAGCAUCGUGAACAACCGAUAAUUUUACAUUCGACUUUUGUUCCGCAUUUUUCCAAUAAGAUAUUCACGCCAUCCGAAGCAGUGUCAAUGUGCACCCAAUUGGCCUUUGAGAAUAUUAGCUGCGUAGAACAAGACGUCGUCGAUAUUGCUGAAAUUGUGACCGGUAGUGGUGAGCGAUUCGCCAGUCCACAUAUUCUGCAAACCGCUAAAAUUGAACCGUAUGUUGUGCCUCAAAUUACACUCUACGAUGCGAGAAACAAUGGCAAUAAAGUCCAAGACCUCGAAGAAAAGCUAUCCAAUUCCACGACGUCAUCUGAUAACGUAACAAUCGCUCCAGUUAGCGAACAAAACGGCAUUAAUGGAAUAUUACGAGAAUCGAGCAAACGUUACAAUCUUAUCGUCUGCCCCUCUGAGUGUUACUACGAAGCCAACAACUCCAGUGACCACCACAAAAACAGCAGUGGUGUCGUAAACGAAACUCUGCAAAGCUUAUGGAACGCUUUGACCGAUGACGGAUUUUUAGUCGUGUUCGAAGACAAGAACACCGCUUCACAAAUAAAUAGCAGCGGUGAUUUGAGCAGUUUUCAAUUCAGAUCGAUUGCGAAAUUCCAAACUCCUGUCGGCACGUACACGUUGUUAAGAAAGACACCUAAGUGGAAAACGUGUAUGGUGAUUGCGUUUAGAAACGAACUCAAUUGGAUCGACAGCGUAAAAGUGGCCAUUCGAAAACACCAAAUUGACGGUAGGAACACCAUGUUGGUUUAUCAAGGAGAAGACAUCACUGGAUUGAUAGGUUUUAUGAAAUCUAUUCGUCGAGAACCGUGGGGACGUGGACUGAAAUGUCUAUACACAGACGAUUCAAUACACCCGUACGCAAUCGUAGAUUUAGCGUACAUCGAUUAUUUGCGCAACGGUUUGAUAUUCAACGUACACCAAAAAGGUGAAUGGGGCUCAUACCGUAAUUUCCAAAUUCACCAAUCAGCCAUGGUCGAAUGCGAACAUGCCUUCAUUGGUGCCAGACAAGUUGGCGAUUUCUCUAGCUUAGCUUACAUCGAGUCAAGAAUACCACUCAUUGAUAGCUACAGACAGCUGGGUCAUUUGGAUACAUUAGUCCACUGUUACUUUGUCCCUUUAUAUCCGCAUCGAGAUGUUUCAACAGCUUUGGGCUUACUUGCUGCAGACGAAGAUGACGACAACAACUACAACAAUUACCACAAGAAUCGUAUUUUAGCAUUUAAGCAGGGUGCUGUUUUGGGACACGAGUACUCAGGGCGUGAUUCAAAAGGAAGACGCGUUUUUGGUAUGGUAGGAGGUGGAGCGCUUGCCACUACCGUUCUAGCUGAUAAAACAGUCAUGUGGAACGUUCCUGAUAACUGGUCAUUGGAGCAAGCUGCCACCAUACCCCGAAUCUACGCAGUGGCUUAUUACGCUCUUGUGAUUCGAGCUAACCUACAACGAGGAGAAUCUAUUUACAUAAAUGCAGGAAUAAUGGGCCUGUGUAUGUCAUGUGCCCAUGUAGCUAUAGGACUUGGUGCCCAAGUAUUCAUUGGAUUCAACAAUCGCGACGAAAAGAAAUAUUUACGAGACACUUUUCCUAAGCUCGCAGACAGUUCUUUCAUAGAUCUGGAAGAAAGUUCCUUUGACAGCCAGUUGCUGGAACGAACCAAUUACAAAGGUGUAGACGUAAUAUUCGAUACCCUAAACUGCCACAAAAGAAAUUUAUUCGUCGAUUCAUUAGCAUUCAAUGGAAGACUCGUCGAAUUUGAGAAAGGCAGUGCUUUUGAUGAAAAUGCAGGGCAUACUGCUCUCGAGAAGAACAUUACUUUCCAUAAGGUGUCACAUAAAACUCUAUGGGUCGGAGAUGUUGGACUGCAGGAUAGAAAACGCAUACAUCAAUUGGUCGACGAUGGUAUUAAAUCAGGUGUAGUGAAACCACUUGCAACUGUUGUCUUCUCAGACAGUCAGAUAUGUGAAGCCUUCCGUGUUGCACAAUCUGGAAAAUUCGUGGGUAAAAUUAUCAUCAAAGUGAGAGACGAAGAAUCGAGGUCAACACUCAUUCCAAAAACAAAACUGGUCAAGGCUUACCCGAGCGCCUUCCUGAACCCGCUAAAUUCUUACAUUGUUACUGGUGGUCUGACAGAUUUUGGUAUACAAAUAGUCAAUUGGCUAGUGAGCAGAGGAGCUACAAAAAUUGUUUUAUUGUCCCAAUACCGACCUGUAACUGGUCACCAGUGUUUGGCAUUACGUCGUUGGCAAAAAGCCAGCGUAGAUGUAACCCUCUGCAAUGUAGACGCAGCAUCACCCAUUGGCGCAGAAAUACUGGUGGAAAAAGCAAAUAAACUGGCUCCAGUGGCCGGUAUUUUCCAUGCAGCUUACAUUGAAUGUGAUCGCGCAUUUGCCGAAUGUUCCCGUGGUCAGUUCGACUUGUUGUGGAAAACCAAAGCAGAAAUUGCCAAAAAUUUAGACCAAGCGUCCAGGAAAUUGUGUCCCAAUUUGAAAUAUUUUGUCGGAUUUUCUGAUAUUGAUGCCCUUUACGGAACCAAUGGAAAAACUGCUUCGGCGUAUGCAAAUUCUGCCAUGGAAGUUAUUUAUAAGAAACGAAAAAUGGAAAACCUUCCAGCAACAAUCAUACGCAGAGGUCCCAUUGAAAAAUCAUACAGUGCGGAAUCAUCCAACUCAAAUAACAAUUUCGUAGCUAUCAAAACUGAUUCUUUAUUCCGAAACAUGCCAGACUUAUUGAACCAACCUUUCGAAAUGCUCUCAGUAUAUAAUGUUGAUAAAACACUUCAAAAUAGUCCCACAUCUGUAGCUGAGGAACAAGAAGAAUUGGUUGAAGAAAUUGCAGAAUUGAUGGGAGUUCGAGACCCAGAAGUUUUAUACUCCACCAAGUUCAGAGAUAUCGGCUUAGAUACAGUGAUUAAAAAUGAAAUAGAAGCAGCUUUGAACAAAUACGGGGUCAAAAGCUUACCAGAAGAAAUUGGGCAGUUAUCGUUUUCCAAAGUAUCAACAUUAUUGGAAAAAGGAAAAUGAUUUCCUUAAAUUUACCAAUGUACUCGAAUGCUAUUAGAAUCAGACACAUAAUAAUGCUGUAGAUGUUGUAAUAUAAACUCUCAUUAUUUUCCUA